ACUGACAUCAUUUUUGAUUUUUUUUUCAGGCCUUAUAAAAAUUACCAGGUUCAUUGAUUUCACUUCUUGAAACCUAUUCUGUGUUAGUCUACUAAGUUACUAUGGCCACAGACAACACUCAUGACAGCAAUGAUGAGGCAGAUGCCCCUCAGCCAUCAAAGAAGGCUCAACUGGAGAAGACUGUCCCAACCAAAGAAGAAACAAAUUUGCUAAAUACUAGUCGGCGUCGUUCUACCCGGUCCGUGCAGCGGUAUGGACAUUCUGAGGAGGAGACCAGUGCCACUGCUGAAGAAGAUGCUGAUGAUUUGGAUUUGCCAACUCUCCCUGACUCUGAUGAUGACCCAGACUUUGCACCUGUUGACAAAAAGGAAAGUGCAAGUCUCUCACAGUUCUCAUUCAAGACCCGAGGAAGAGGCAAGGGAAGAGGUUCACCUGGUGGAGGCAGAGGAAAACAUUUGGAAAGUGCAAGUCUCUCACAGUUCUCAUUCAAGACCCGAGGAAGAGGCAGGGGAAGAGGAUCAUCUGGUGGAGGCAGAGGACGAGGGCCCAUCAUAUCAGGGAAGUUGCAAGGUAAUGAGAACAAAACAAGCAGCGUUGGCAGAGGAUCUGCACGCAAGUUGAACCCACCGCCAUCAUCAGCAGCUUCUCAGCCCAAAAGCAACGCAGCUAAAACCCACGACAACAACAACAAGGCUGACACGGCUGAUAGCAACAGGACGAAAGGUUUGCUCACCGGCACCUCCUUCUUGAUGUCUCCCUCCAAACUCAGCUCAGCUAUAAACUACCCGCCACUCAAGAGACAAACCCAGGCGGUGAGACUACCUGAGGGGCCGACGCUCACCCCAGAGCAGCUGAAGGAGAUCGAGGCUCAAUUUAAGAGCGGGGAUUUUGUUAUGGCCAAGAAAGACGCAGAGCUGGAAAACCCGCCGAUCUGGCGCAUCGAUGGUAAAUCCUUGUUGCAAAAAUUCCAGGCAUUUGAAAAGGACGGCAAAGUUCUCUACAGAAAUAUUUCCACUUAUUCUGGGUGGACUUCACAAGGCAAAGCUCUGUACAUGCCCGUAAAAGCAAAGUUCAUCUUCCAAUCCCGGUACGACAUCGUCGUCGAGCUCAUCGACGAGAACACCUCGGCCGUCAUCUCUCCCGACGACCCCUCACUCCCGUCUCCCCUCGCCCCUGCUAAGACUGCCUCACCCGCCGCCCGACCCAUUGUUGCUCUAGGUCUUGAGAAGCGCCCCAUUAGCAAUGCUACUCCUCAAGAAGACAUAAUUGUAAUACCGGAGGAGCUCAACCAACACUUGGCAACUUUUGAAAUUUUCCUGCAAACUUUAAUCUCGCAGGCGCUCGACAACAACUUCUUAGCUGAGAUUCAUAACGAAAAUGACGAAUAUUUUGUGGACAGCGUCAAAAUAAUGGAAGAUUUGACGGGGGAAAGAAAGCUUAAAAUGCACAACAUGAUCUCCUGGCCCGAGGCGUUUUGGGAAUCGUUGGAGCGUUGGCCUUCAGUUAACGUAAUGUCAAGCAGAGUGAAGAGCAACUGCGAGACUUGCUUUAAGAUUGCGGCGAGCAAAUUGGCGCUCUUUUAUGGGCAACCUUAUGAUGAACUCACGCUCAAGCCAAAAGAAGACCCCGAGAGAGAUGCUCCAAGCAAGAACUUCAACGUGUGCGAGCCCUGCGCCAAGCUAUGUGAAUUGUACAACACACUGUGUCAUCGCAAAUACGCAUACUAUAACGAGUGCAAGAAAACCGUCACCAACAUCAGGAUGUCUCAGCCGUCCAAAAACACCACCACCAUCCUAAGAGAGCUACUCAGCAUUGACUCCUGGAUUACUGGUCUGUUUCGUAGCAUGUGCACCACCUUCGUGCGCGUUGACCGGAUGUUCGAAGAGCAUGAGAGCCAACCCUCGCCUCCAAACACUUCAUCGUCAGUAGUCAAACCUGAGCAAUCCGCCUCCGCGCCUACGGGACAGUCGUGACCAACCUCAUCAAAAAUCAUUUCAACACAUCACAUUUAAAUAAAUAGUUUAUUCGAAACAAGUGCUCGGAAUGCAUCGAUAGAUUUUUUUGUGUAGAUCAUAAUUUUUUAUUUGUAAUUGCUGAACUUUACUUUAUCGCGGAAUGAAUGGUCUGGUGUGUGUGAAGACAUUUUCAUUUUACGCUUCAUUUACAGGAAUACUGAUUCUUUUCAGUGAUGAAUUAAUUUCUAAUUUUAAUUACUGUAAAAUUUGGAUUCAAAUUGUAAUCUUUGUGAAGAUUUUUUCUGUUCAUCUGGCCUGAACGACUAUAUAAUCCGUUGGUUGUAGUUACUCAGAAUUAUAGCAUUUGUUAGCGUCAUUACGUUAUUGGGUGCAAGUAUUAAUUGGAAAUUUAGGUAGUAAGUGAAAAUAUGGGAACCAAUUCUGCGUCACUUCCAGAGGCGUGCAAAACCAUUUGCGCUCGAUCAAAGCAGAAGUUCUAUGUGAAGCGUCUAUUUCAAGCCUUUUUUUAUACGAUCGCCUCAUCUUGAUGAGUUUAUGUUAUGUUAAAGUUCUCCUUGAUCACAUGCACGCAUCAAUUAGCUUCGUCUCAUUCAUUUCAACUGAAUUGUUGGGCACAUCUUACUUGUUAAGCCAUCGUUGCAAAUGAAAUAUUUAACUUGUGGCCGAUUAUUGACGCGAUGUCUCACGGCAAUCGACGAAUGCCACCCCAUUACCAACCACAAAGUUAUUUUAUGACGUGUUCUUGUUAUAUAAUUCUCAGGCAUUUGAUUCAGGUCAAUUUCUGUUGAGCGAAAUCAUUGUUAUUAACAAUAAUAAUUGAUUUUAAUUUAAUUCUGAAUGUUAAAAUUCUGGUUACUGUUACCGUAUACCUAAUUGUUUGAUAUUAAAUAGUCCUAAAGAUCAUUUGUUGGCGGUGUCAUUUGUUGGCAGUGUUUUUUUACUGCUUUAUCCGUGUUCGAUUUCAUCGUGACAUCUUUCCACUCCGGUCGUGAUACUUGCAGUUAUUCUAGAGCUCCGCUCGGGUCGUGAUACUUCGUGAGCAAGUUACUUUGUUCCUGCUACUAUCACGAGCAGCCAUUGCUUACGGUCUUGGUGGAUGAUAAGAAGCACCACAAUAUUAUUAUGAUUUUAUUGAUCCUUCCAUAUAUGAUUAUGAUUUUAUUGGUAAUAUUCGUUAUUAAGCUUCACUCGUAACAUUAAUUUUUAGCAAUAUUUUUUCAAGCAAUUCGCUAUUGCUUGAAAAUUGCUACAUGCUAAUGUAGAAUUAUUAAUUGGACGUGAAUACAUUUCACUCGUUCUGGAAUAUAUCAUAUUCAUUAUACGUUCGUCAUUACGGCAUUACGUGCUACUACUACAUUACUACUACUACUACUACUACUAUUUACUACUUCCAACCUUAUACUUUUUUGCUUGGGUGGUUACUGGAGAUGUGUUCUUCCAAUUAACAUUGAUCACUUGUUGAGUAUAAAUGUUGAAUUUUGUUAUCUUUAUUCGUAGUUAGGUACCCAAUACACGUUUUGCCCAGACGUACGCUUUAGGGUUAUAUUAUUGCAAGGAACAGGAAUUUAGGCAUAUUAUUAUGUGGGAUAGGACUUGUGUGCAUAUUAUCCUGCGUCUGAAGAUUUCACCAUCCUGUUUGAUGAGGCUGGACAAAGUUUUUUGGAACUUCAAUUCGUAGGUGUGGUCUAGUUUAGUUCGAAGAUGUUUUUUAGCUCAUUUUUUUAUCUAAUUUCCUCAGGGUUUGAAUGCUUGGGCCUUGGGGUGAGCAGUUAAAUUGUAAAAAAUUUUCUCUGUUAUGGCUUUAAAGUGGCUCGACUUGCUUCAUGCGUGUAGCAAGCAACGGAAAUUCUUGUGCUCCUCUUAAGGAGAGAAAAUUCUAUUAUAGAUGCUAUAUUUUACGUAGUUAAGAAUGCUUUUUUUCUCUCUAAUUUGCAUCUGAUCUUCAAGUUUGAAUAGUAUAUAAAUAUUGGUA